CCCAGGAAGAAGAGAUAUGUUGUAUUUUGUACAUGAAAACUCUACACCAGAGCAAUCAGUGAAAUUUCGGUACACUAAACAACAGCAAGACAAGACGUGGAAAACCAAAAAGUACCGUCGAAUCUUGCAAGAUCUCAAAGCCCAGGAUCCUGAUGUCCCAAGCAGCGCCGUAUCCGUAGAAGACUUUGGCCGCUUCCUUCAAGCCAGAUCUGAACAGUCUGCCGUUCUCAGUCGAUUCUAUGGACAUACCAUCACAAACCAUGAUAAUGGAUACCCCCUCUUUCGCAAGAUCUGCCUUUCAGCGUACUUUAACAAACAACGUGCCAAUCAAAAGCUUAUUCAAGAUUUACGCGCCAAGUUUGGAGAAGAAGCCGUGUUUGUGGUGGGAAACUGGUCCGCUCCCCAUGCUAGGUAUCAUGAGCCCAUCCGUGGCCUUGGUUUCCAAAGACUCCUCAAGAAACAUGGGCUCCAAGUCUACCUUAUAGACAAGUACAAGACCAGUAGGUGCUGUCCAACAUGCCACAACGAGAGCCUCCACACGUUCCGUCGUGUUCCAAAUCCACGACCGUAUCAACGUGAGCGAUAUCCUACUAUUGUCUGCCAUGGCCUUUUAAGAUGUACCAAUCUAUACUGUAGACCCGCCAUGGCAGCUCCAGAUAGAUAUCGCUUAUGGAACAGGGAUGUUGCUGCUUGUCUCAACUACAUGCACAUCCUUCGUGAGCUUCGACGUAAUGGCAUGGUUCCUCAUAGGUUUCGCCGGGUUGCUGUUGCUCCUACAAGACGUCGAAGAAGAGUGGACGAUCAGGAGCAACCAAGAACUAGAAUACGCUUAGACGAUGAUUCUCCGUCCUAG